AUGACGCCGACAGGUCUUGAUGAAAUGGAGAAAGUCGUGCAGUUUGCUUCUCAACCUGCUCAAAAGGACGUCCUGUUGCUUGAUCCCAGUCUUGUAUUCAACGUAGCCCUGAUCCCGUACCUCAACUUUCAAUCGUCAACCACAACAUUCUUCAGGUUGAUCAUGUCUUGCAACUCGCAAGUUGAAUUAGAGAUGUCCCUUGAUUUUUACCUUCAACAAUGUUUCUCGAAUAUAGCCUCCGAUGCCAUUCAGCCAGAAAGUCCACCUUACAGCAUUCAAAAUGUUGGUAUCUUGAAUCAUCCUCCUUCUCAAGAAGACUUGAUACCCUUUCCAUCACCACCUCUCAAACCAAACCAUCUCAGCCAUCCCAUCUCAAGUGGGGAUUCAAAUUUGGAAUAUUUUCUGAGCCCUGAGGCUUGGACCAACUCUUUCAACCUAGUUGGAUUUCGUUCAUCAGAUCUCGUGGCCGAGAACUCACUGCCAGUGCAGACCCCCAGUUUUAAUCCUGGAAGCUCGGCAGUUUCUCAUCUUCACACUCGACCCAGUGAGAACACCCCAAAGUUGGAUGCCGUCUCGGCUUUUUCGAUUAAACACCCAGAAGCCAGUCCUUUGAUCGGGAAGCGAAAGAGGUCUACCAGCUGCGAAAGGGUUGAAACCUCCGAAGGCUCUUCAAAUGGUGCUACCCUCAAGGUGUUUGAGUGCAGACUGGAUCCGGGCUGCUUUGAGACGUUUAGCCGUGUCGAACAUCUUGCCAGACACGAGAGGAAGCACACCAAGGAAAAGCCUUUUCGAUGUCACUGUCAAAAAUUGUUUAGCCGUUUGGAUAACUGGCGUUUGAUUCCAUUUUCUAGACAGCACAAAGCGGCGGUUCACAAGCAUCUUCAUGUCGAAAAUGCUCAGACAGAAAAGCACUUGGUUGAAGUUCAGAAGGGGCUUCAAAAGUCGAACAAACUUCGACAAGCAACGAUUGUGGCUGCCACAAGUCAAGUCAAGGAGCCUAAAGGGAAGAAAGUCAAGGCCACGGCAACGAACGAACACAACCGCCAGCCUGAAUCCAAGCAGGCUUCAUCGCCACAUUUCACAAUCAGCGGUCCUUCGAUGGAUUCAUUUCAGAUUGAAUUGAGCCCGGAACAGUCAACUCCUUACAAUCUGAGUUUGGUUGGCUCUGUAGAAUCAGCUCCGCAGACAUCUAGGACUCAAGAUUUCUCGAACACCUUGACGGAUUCCGCGUUGUAUUCGACCGAUACACCUUCUAGACACUGUGACUUCAUACCUCACGACAUCUCGCCCGACCUCAGCGACUUUUCUAGAAGUCCACUCCCAAUGCCUCUGAACAUCAGUCGGGUUAUCCCUUUCCCAAGCAUGAAUCACUCAACUUUCACUCACGCUCCUUAUCCAGACAUAUACACAUCUUCACUCUUCAACCCUUUUCCCACCUAUUCCUAUCCCGACCCAUUAUCUCACACGUCUUUUCAACCUACGCUUCAGGCAUUCACAAAUCAUCCACCUAUGAUGACACAUGCUAGCUCGGGCGUAACUUCUUUAACGUACCGUACAAUUCCUAGGGUUCCUAGUCAAUUGUAUCAUCCUCAUGAAUCGUUUGCUUAUGGUACUUGUAAUAAUUUUCAUUCACUCUAUCCUGAAUCUUUUCCUACUUACUCGAAUGUAUCCAUGAAACAUUAUCCAUCUGGUUCAUAG